AUUUUCUUGUUCAUAUUACUUUCAUCAUAAAAAUAAUGAAAGAUAAAAAAUAGGAAAAAAAUACCAAGCAAUCAGAAGAACAGUUCAGUGCUUAUGGAAAACCUGGGGACACUUAAAAUUCUUGUUCUCAGCAUGCGAAAUGUACAGGAAAGGGAGGGAACAUCUCAAUAUGGAAAAACUCUAUAAUGAAAAUGAAGAAAAGCUGGAAAUCAAGGGAAAGCCAGAAGAUGAAGUAGAUACAGAUGAAGGAAAGUCAGACGGGAAAGAAAACCCAGAAGUGGAGGGGAAGCCAGAGCACGAGGAAAAGCUCCAAGACCAAGGACAGCUAGAUGACGCGGGGAAACAAGAAAAGCAGAGCAAGUCCCAAGGUGAGGGGAAAGCAUGCAGUGAGGGCAAGGCAGAACCCCAGGCCAAGCCAGAGAGCCAGCUGCGAGCUGCCGAAAAACGCCCGGUUGAAGAGUAUGUGCCCCGGAAAGCUAAGCAAAAAACGGACAGGUGGACGGAUGAUUCCCUCAAGGACUAUCAGGAGGACUUACAGAAAAGGCAUUUGGGCAUUGAGGAGAGGAUGAGAGAAUGUGGAGAUGUGUCAAGGGCUCAGGAAGAGCUAAGGAAAAGACAGAAAACGGGUGGUUUUCAUUGGAUGCAAAGAGAUAUACAGGAUCCAUUCUCCCAAGGGGCCAAUGGGGUGUCAGGGGAAUGAGGGGUGGAGGUAGGAGCCAAAGGGGUGUACAUAAUAUCCCAUAUCUUUAAAGCCCUUGGACUUCAAUUCUGAUUUCUCUGAUGAGAAUAUUCCAACCCUGCUUUCCCUUGGGCAGGGAGGGGGGAGGGUAUUUUCCAGGCAAUGUGCUUUAACCUUAAGCUGAUACUUUGCUGUAGGUGUCUGCCAUUCUUGUUACCAGCCACCUUUUGGUCCAACUAUACAGUGCUCUCUGUUUCAGUACUGGAUUUUCAUUCAUGUGCAUGGAAGAGAAGGUCAUGGUACUUUGUAA